AGCUCAGAGCUCGGAGUAGUGCUACACAAUGGUCAAAUACGUCGAUGCCCGCACCGACUCCGGUGACGCCUCCAAAAAGAAGAAGUCCCGCAAGGGCUUCAAGGCGGAUCGGCUGGAGAACUACAAGCGCAUGCUGGCCAAGAAGAGCGGCAAGAAGGUGAAGGAGACCCCCACCCCGACUACCCGCCCCAAGGCUAUCACCUUCGACGAUGCGGACCGCCGCAACUACCUACUCACUCUGCACAAGAAGAAGAACGAGCGGCGGGUGCAAGCCUUUGUGGAUAUGAAGCGAAAGCUGCGCAAGGACAACGCCAAGACCCGCCGCGGACAACGGGAAGAGGCGCGUCGUGCGUACAACAACUACGCUCGAGUGCCCAUCCUACCGGAUUACACCUACCGCCUCCCUGACCGGCAAGACGAGGGCUUUGGCGAAGAAGACGAAGAAGAGGAAGAAGAGGAAGAUGGGCACUACGGCGAAGGGAAUGUGGACGACCACAGCAGUCAGGAAGGCGGAGAAGAAGAGAUGGAAGGCGACAUGCCGUGGGUGUACAUCGAAGACUCCGAGGAGGCCGCACGCGACGCGCAUGCGAGGCCCAAGGCGUCGGCGGAAAACAAGGAAGAUGCCUCUCGCAAGCGCAAGAAGGCGAAGCGGCUGGCCACCGUCGCGCACAGCUCGCACGCCAUGCCAGGCGUGAUGCUUGGACACGAAGCUGGGGAAGUUGAAGGUGAUGCUGCUGCGACGGCGACGCGGUCGUCAUCCAGCGUGGCGGAGGAUGAGCUGGUGACGGUGGAGGUGAAACCUCUCUUUGCGCGCCCGGGCUCCUCGUCCACCGCCUCUUCCACAGGGGAUGGCGGCGCUGUGCCGACCGCAAAGCCGCUGCCGUCGAACAACUUUGAUGAUUUGCCGGUUGUGGUGCAGCAGGAGCUGCGGCGAUUGCGCCAGGAAAUAAAAGGUCCUGCGAAGACGAAGCCGCGGCUGCACAUGAUGAAGGAGCUUGAAAAGAUCCGUAAGAUCCGCAAGUACUCGCGUAAGGGCCACGGUAAGCGCAAGGCGUCCGGCAAGCGAAAGAACCGUAAGAAGUAA